AUGAAGAGUUCUGGAUAUGAACUGAAAAGAGACAAAAUCUCCUACGCUUGUGGAAGGUGUAGAAAGCGUAAAAUAAAAUGUGAUCGUAAGCUCCCAAGUUGUAGCUCAUGUUCAGAAUUAGGAGAGACAGGAAGUUGCAAAUAUGAGUCUGAUAAAUGGCAAACAGAUUUGAUGGUAUAUGAACCUGGAAAUGCACAAUUGCGAAAAGAAGUAGGGGUUUUGAGAACUAAAAUAAGGUUGCUAGAGAAUACGGUCAGUACUCAAAGGGUAAAUUUAGAUGCGAUGGAAAGGAAUACAAGAGACGAACUGAAUUUAUAUGAUGAAACGGAUGAAGCGAAAUUAAAGGUCAAUAUGUCUAAUUUCCAUAGCAUUCUCUUGAAAAAUUUAAGAUUAACGUAUUAUGGGCCUACAAACUACCUAAGUCUUUUAAUGAAUGACCCAUAUGGCACAAGACUAUUUGCAAAAUAUGCAGAGCUUCAAGAAAAAAAGUUAAUAGAAAUCGAGAGCCAUAGUAGUCUCGACUAUAGCGUUUUAAAACAAAACCGCAUAGAACCGGACACGGAAGAUUGUUCUCGUAUUCCCGAACCAUUGCAAAUGCAGAUACCACUUAUACCACGGGAUAAAACUUUAAUAUAUCUAGUUGAGCGAUUCUUUCAAAUUUGCUAUCCAUUAGCUCCAUUUCUCGAUAAAGAUAAUUUUAUGAAAAGCAUUUCUCCAUUAUGGGAGAAUGGAGGCUAUUCACAGAAUAAUAUAAUUCUACUCAAAUGUGGAACAUUAGCGUCAUUAUUGAUUGUUUUAAGAUUUUCAUCGUUGUCCUUAUCGUCAGAAAGAUAUCUAGUGGAACCAGAAGUGGCUAUACCGUCUACCUACGUUGAAUAUUCCAAGGUGUUACUUCUAUCUUCCAAAGGGUCUGGAAGAAUUAAUUUAAGUAUUAUUCAAGCAAUUUUGCUUUUACGAACGUAUAAGACAAUUUGUCCCGAAGAUGAUAAUGAAUCAACAGAUACCAGGAUAUUAUUAGGAAUUGCUACCGAUAUGGCAAUAAUUCAAGGACUUUCCUUGAAUACUAGAAUGAAUCGGUUUAUUUCAAAGGACGAAUUAUAUAUUCGAAAGAAACUUUGGUUACAACUUUUUUAUGAUGAUGCAUCUAAUUCAUUCAACUUCGGCAUACAAACAUCAAUUUGUGAAUUUGAAACAGAAGAAUUUGCUAAAUUAUUGGAGGAAGUGGGAACUCCGCUUGAAAAUGAAAAGAAAUAUAUAACGAGACAAUUUAAAAUGAAAAUUCAGGUCGCAUCAUUAAUAAGGAAGGUAGUUUUAUUAAUGAAUCAUAGAAACCAAGAGAUCAGUGUAUCUGAAGUCACAAAUAUUUUGAAUGAUUUUGAUAGACUAUUACAUGAGGAAAUGUAUAGCUUUGACCAACUAAUCAAUUAUGAUUCAAGUUUCACGAGCAGCGAAAUAAGUUAUAGAGUUCUGGAAUAUAUCAUGAAGAUAGAUCUCUAUUAUAAAUCAUUCAUGCUAUAUUACUUUUUGUUUUUAAACUGGGAUAAUGAUAUAUCCUUAGACUAUUCUAGAGCACAUUUCCUUCAUUUGGCACUUGAGAAGGGAAUUAUUUUAACUCUCUUAGGUGAUUAUUUUACUAAAGAUAAAAGCUUUUUCUUUGGGCCUGAGUUUGAAAAAUUAGUUGGUACUUGUAUUUGGUCGUCAUUAGCGAAGAUAAUACCUUCUAUGGUAUGUUUAUUAUGUCGUUCACUUGAUGGUGAAUAUAAUAUUUUUAUGGCGUUUAAAAACUUCAAAUCAUCGUGUUUUGACAUCAUGUCGUGGGCAAAUAUAGACUGUAUGGAUAAUACUAGCUCUAUAAAGAAUAUCUUGAAGAAGUAUCAAGAUAUAUAUCAAAAAUGUGUACAGCUUCAUACUAAGUAUUUCAUUACUUACAAGGUUUGUGUAUGUCUUCACUUUAGUUUAGACUUUAUCCAAAAUACUUAUCCAACUUUUUUUCAAGACAUUUUCUCGAAAACUAGUAAUUCUAUUGAAGAGCUUGCCAGUUUCCUAGAUUCUGAUAAUCAUGACACUCUCAAAAAUUUUAUUGAUUAUAAUUUCGAUUACAAUCUAUUUCUGACGUUUUUGGAAGACAGUUAG